AUGCUGGUAAACAUCCAAGGUGGCUUAGGUCAUAUCCCAAACUUAACGAUAGCCAUCCCUUCCCCGUCCGCUUUGUACUUAUGCGUCUUUUCCUUCAGAGCUGGAUCUCUUGGCGUGAAUCUUGUGGGUGCAAACCGCGUCGUCGUUUUUGACGCCUCCUGGAAUCCCUGUCACGAUUGUCAGGCGGUCUGUCGCGUCUAUCGAUACGGCCAAGUCAAACAGUGCUACAUCUAUAGACUUGUUUCGGACAACACCAUGGAACGAAGAAUCUAUGACCGACAGGUAAGUCUCCUGUCACACUGUUUUCUCAGUAAUGCCUAG